UGUGCAGAGGAAGAGGACCUUCAGAGCAGUCUGAGCAGAUUUAACACAUUUAACAAACUAAAAACAUAAUGGCGACCGACGGAGUAGAAGACCAGGAGAUGAGGGAGGCGCAGAGGGACUACCUGGACUUCCUGGACGACGAUCAGGACCAGGGCAUCUACCAGAGCAAAGUCCGAGACAUGAUCAGCGACAACAAAGCUCGACUCAUCGUCAACAUCAACGACCUGAGGAGACGCAAUGAGGCCCGAGCCGCAAAGCUGAUGUCCAACUCCUUCGUGGAGCUGCUGGCCUUCCAGCGGGCCCUGAAGGACCUGGUGUCGUCGGUGGACGCCACCUACGCCAAACAGUACGAGGACUUCUUCGUGGGUCUGGAGGGAAGCUUCGGCUCCAAACACGUCACCCCCCGAACCCUGAGCUCCCGUCUCCUGGGCAGUCUGGUCUGUGUGGAGGGCAUCGUCACCAAGUGUUCUCUGGUCCGUCCUAAAGUGGUCCGUAGUGUCCACUACUGUCCCUCCACUAAGAAGACCAUGGAGCGGAAGUACACCGACAUGACGUCCCUGGACGCGUUUCCGUCCAACGCCAUCUACCCCACCAAGGACGAGGAGAACAACCCCCUGGAGACGGAGUUCGGUCUGUCCCGGUACAAGGACCACCAGACCAUCACGGUCCAGGAGAUGCCGGAGAAGGCCCCGGCCGGACAGCUGCCCCGCUCUGUGGACAUCAUACUGGACAACGACCUGGUGGACCGGGUCAAACCUGGAGACCGGGUCCAGGUGGUGGGGACCUACCGCUGUCUGCCGGGAAAGAAGGGGGGGUUCACCUCCGGAACAUUCAGGACCAUCAUGAUCUCCUGUAACGUCAAACAGAUGAGUAAGGAGGUUUCCCCGCACUUAUCAGCCGACGACGUGGCCAAGAUCCGGAAGUUCAGUCAGACUCGCUCCAUUGAUGCGUUCGAUCAGCUGGCUCGCUCCUUGGCUCCCAGUAUCCACGGCCAUGACUACAUAAAGAAGGCCAUCCUGUGCAUGUUACUGGGAGGAGUGGAGAAGGUUCUGGAGAACGGAUCCCGCAUCAGAGGAGACAUCAACGUCCUGCUCAUCGGGGAUCCGUCAGUGGCUAAGUCCCAGCUGCUGCGUUACGUCCUCCACACGGCGCCCAGAGCCAUCCCCACCACUGGAAGAGGAUCCUCUGGGGUCGGACUGACGGCAGCGGUCACCACUGACCAGGAGACGGGUGAGCGUCGUCUGGAGGCCGGCGCCAUGGUGCUGGCCGACCGCGGUGUGGUCUGCAUCGACGAGUUCGAUAAGAUGUCGGACAUGGACCGCACGGCCAUCCACGAGGUGAUGGAGCAGGGCCGCGUCACCAUCGCCAAAGCCGGCAUCCACGCACGACUCAACGCACGCUGCUCGGUGCUCGCCGCCGCCAACCCGGUCUACGGCAGGUAUGACCAGUACAAAACCCCCAUGGAGAACAUCGGGCUCCAGGACUCCCUGCUGUCCCGGUUCGACCUGCUCUUCAUCAUGUUGGACCAGAUGGACCCGGAGCAGGACCGGGAGAUCUCAGACCAUGUCCUGAGGAUGCACCGGUACCGGGACCCCCGAGAACAGGAAGGAGCAGCUCUGACUCUGGGUGGAACCGUGGACGUUCUGACCACAGAGGAUCCAGAUGCAGUGGCAGAAGAACAGGACGAGCUGCAGGUCUACGAGAAACACAACAACCUGCUGCACGGAACCAAGAGGAAGAAGGACAAGAUUCUGAGUAAGGAGUUCAUCCGCAGGUACAUCUGCAUCGCCAAGGCCGUGACGCCGGUGCUGACGGAGGAGGCGGCCGCACACAUCGCAGAGGAGUACUCCAGACUGAGGAGUCAGGAGCAGCUGAGCGCCGACAUCGCCAGGACCUCACCGGUGACGGCCCGUACCCUGGAGACUCUGAUCCGUCUGUCCACGGCGCACGCCAAAGCCCGCAUGAGCAAAGCGGUGGAGCGGGAGGACUCGGAGGUGGCGGUGGAGCUGGUCCAGUUCGCCUACUUUAAGAAGGUUCUGGAGAAGGAGAAGAAACGCUCCAGACGAGAGGAGGAGGAGGAGGAGGAAGAGGAAGAGGAGGAGGAGGAGAGGCAGAGUUCACAGAGACCGAAGAGGAAGAGGGGGCGUCGAGGCUCUCAGGGAAGUGAACCCUACAGUCCAUACGACUUCAGCGAAGACCAGGACGUCCCCGACAUUCAAGCCGGAACCCCGAAACCAGCCAGACCGCGGCAACAGGAGCACGAGGCGGAGCCUAUGGAGGAGGAGGCGGAGCCUAUGGAGGCCACGUCACAGGCUGAAGAGCUUUCUGCAGAAAGACUCAAAGAGUUCAAGUCGUCGCUGUUCGCCGUCUUCCAGUCCGCACACGCUCAGUCUGUCAAGAUGAAAACCCUGAUGGACGACAUCAACAAGGAGCGUGGGGUCGGGUUCACGGAGGCCGAGGUCCGGACGGCGCUGGCGCGAAUGCAGGACGACAACCAGGUGAUGGUGGCCGAUGACAUCAUCUUCCUCAUCUAGAGCGGCAGGCGUGGACAACUCCAACUGAAACAGUGACUAAAUAUGGACACUUCCAGGUGUUUGUUUGACAGUUCCUCAGUGGACCAGUUUGUGUGGAGGUGGAUCCAUCAGAUCCAUCAGAACCAUCGGAUCCGUCAGAACCAUCAGAACCCUGCACAUGCGUCCAGUCUCAUUGUUUCUGUCUGGUUUCGUAUUCAGACGUACGACCUUUUCCUUCUGAUCAGGACGUUCUCUCCUGUCACCGCUGUUCGUCUCAGUUUGUAAAUAGAAAAAGAAAAGUUGUGAAACUGUUAAAUAUCUGUAGUUGUACUGAACAAAUAAAAGUUGAUGUAA